AUGGAUAAAAAUAACACUAACGGGAAGCCUGGAAGCAAGCUCUCAAGCCAGGAUCUUGCCCGCUACCAAGCCGAAUUGAUGUGGAUGCAUGAUAAAACCAUUCGUGAGAUUAAGGAAGCAAAGGAGAAAGAUGCGCGAGAAGCAGAAUUGAGAGCGAAGCGAGCACAGCAGGCCCAACAAUAG